AUGCCUCGGGGUCAGAAGAGUAAUCUCCUCGCCCGUGUGAAACGCCAUCAAGCCGACGAAGAGCCUGAAGAGCUGGUGGGUGCACAGGCCACUGCACGAGUGCAAGGAGAGUUUUCCUCCACUUCCUCUCCUUGUUCCAAGGCUAUUCCCCAGAGCUCAACUGCAGGGGCAACCAGCAAUCCCCAAGUUCCUGGGAGAGCCCCAUCCCCCGCCACUACUGAUGUAGUUAUUUUAUAUAUAAGAGCAAACGAAAGGGCCAAAAACCAAGGGGAAAAAAGGCCAAGAUCCUCCCAGGCCCAGCCCUCCGCUGAGCACUUUCUCAAAGAUCCUGUUGAUGGGAAGGUGCUUUUAUUGAUUUGGUACCUGCUGUACAAGUAUCAAAUGAAAGAGCCCAUUUCAAAGGUAGAUAUGCUGAGAAAUGUAAUCCACAUGCAUAAGAGGCACUACUCUGAAAUCCUGAGUAGAACUUCUGAACACCUGGAGCUGAUCUUUAGCCUUGACAUAAGGAAAAUGGAGCCCAAUAGACACUUCUACGUCCUCGUCAACAAGCUGGAACCAAGCUGUUAUACAAGGCUGAGAGAUGACGGAGGUGUGCCUAAAACCGGCCUGCUGAUGAUUAUCUUGUGUGUGAUUUUCACACAGGGUAAUUACACCACUGAGGAGCAAAUCUGGCAAAUAUUAAAUAUUAUGGUGUUGUAUGAGGGGAGGGAUCAUUUCAUUUUGGGGGAAUCCAGGACGCUCAUUACUAGAUAUUUGGUGCAGGAAAAGUACUUGGAAUACCGGCACGUGCCUGAUAAUUGUCCUCCACGCUAUGUAUUCCUGUGGGGUCCAAAGGCCCACGCUGAAAGAAGCAAGAUGAGAGUUCUUGAGGUUUUAGCCAAAGUCCAUAAUACCAUCACCAGUGCCUUCCCACUCUGGUAUGCAGAGGCUUUGAAAGAUGAGGAAGAGAGAGCCCAAGCCAGAGUCGCAGCUAGGGCUCGCAUUAGUGCCAUGGCCAGUGCUCGUUUAGGGCCAUGUCCAGCAGCUCCUCACACCCCUAGUUAA